AUGCCGUUCGAAAAAGUAUGUUUUUUUUUCCUUGAGCAAAGGCUAAUUUUGAAUUUUCACAGUUUACCGAAUGCAACAGGACUAUUUGGGCUCCCAAAAACGCAAUUAUCAAAUCCGAAUUGAUAAAGAAAUACCCGGAAUCUUCAGUAAUUUUCACAAAUGGAGUUUUCUUUGAAAAUCAUCAAGAAGAAGAGGUUGGUUCCCAUCUCAAAAAUAGCUCCAAUUUUCAAUAAGCAAUUUCAGAUUUUAAAAACCGGAGUAGGCAACAUUUUCGGUUUGCGGUUUGUGGAGCAAUUACAAUUAUAUCGCUGUGAUUUGACCGGAAAAGAUUUGAAUGUGGAGAUCGUGGAAAUUGACACAUUUGUCCAUUUAGAAUCUGGAGCUCAAGUGAGUUUGGGAGCGACUAGGAUUCAGAAUUUUGUUUAAGGCCAUAGAACGGGUGUUUGCCCUUUACAGAACAUAAAAAAUUCAAAGCCCACAACGUAUUGAAUAAAUUAAUAAUAAAAAAAUAAACACAACUCGGCCAAGCCGUGGCUAGCCAUAGUAAAUUUUUUGAAAAAUCUAAAUUUCAGUUUUAAGAGGUCAAAAAUUGAAAAAUCACAAUUUUUAGAGGACAAAAACUGAAAAAUUCACAAUUUUUAUACUGUAAAAAAUUAGCGUACAAUUUGUUAUUCUGGAAACCACGAUUUUGGCCGAGGUGUGUUAAAUAUACAAAAAUAAACAAAAAAAUUCCAGAUAACUAAAGGCACAACAACGCAAUUUAUCGACAACAAUUUUUUGUUUUUGGAAUCGUUUCAAAAAAAAAAUCAAUAUUUUUUCAAUGAUUUGGUUCAUCUCGAUGAAGGAUCGCUGGAAAAAGAAGUUCCCAUGGAAAAUUUAGAACUCGAAAAUACUUUUGAAACUCUUAAAAGUACAUCAAAUUCACCAGCGAGGGAUUCAUUGUCGGAUGACUUGGUUUUGAUGGAUUUCGAAACAGAAAAAUCGGCCUCUGAUAACGAACAUCAGUUAUCUGAAUUUAAUGCAAUCAGAACAAGCGCUUCUACAGUUUCAACAACAUCAACAUUACCAGGAAGUUUUGCGUUGAAAAAUGAUGAGGAAGCAACCAAAUCAAAAAUGUCAAAGAAUCUCAAAAGAAGCCAAGUUUCAAACCAAAAAAAUAUUUCAAAAAAACAAAAAAAAAAUGAAAAUACAGAACAAGAAACUUCAUUUGAUUCGGAUAAUUCACUUGAUGACUCAAACCCAUCACCAAAUUCAAGUGGCAACAUUCGAAAAAAACUAGGUGUUCAAAUAAAUGUUGUAAAAAAGCAGAAGAAACCACGAAGAAAACAAGUCGAUAAAACAUUUGGCGAGAAGUUACGAUUUGAAGAGGCGAAAAAGACGAUGAACAUAAUGUGUCACUUGAAGAUUCGAGCCAAUUCAACUGAAAUGGUAAAAUAAACUAACGAGCUGUAUUACUAUAAUAUUUUUAAGGUCGAUGUUGAUAAGAUAGAAUUCAGUGCCGUUUUGAGAGAGGAUGUGACUGAUGAAGUUGAAAACAAUGUUUUUGGUUACAAAAACGACCAGUAAGAUAAUCUGAUUUUGGUAUUUAAAAAAAUGUGUUUUUUCAGUACUGGAAAGUAUAUCAUUUUGUCGGGACAAACAAAAAUCGAGCAACUGUGUGUCAAAAAUGGAAAAACUUCGGUCACUAUCUUCAAUGUAGAUGAAGCCAAUGCAAAUUUGGUAGCAAUUAUUCGAUCAAUGACCGUUAGAGAAUUCUCAACCGCGGAAAAGGUGCAUAAAAUCAUAGUUGUCUAUUGUAACCAAAACAUUUUAUUACAGAUGAAUCAUGUUCGUUUCAUUUUCGCAUCGGCUAAUUUUCGGUUUGAUUGGUUGCGCAAAUUGACAUGUAACAAGUUAAAAGAUCUGUUUUUCAUGUUUAAUAGAGUGAGUUUUUAUACAAAUUCAAUUAAAUUCCGAAAAUAAUUUGAAUUCUUACUGUAGAUUUAAUUUUCCAGUUUCAUACUGUAGAUUACUGUAGAUUAUUUCUUGAAAUUUAGAAUGAAACUAAAAAAAAAUAAAUUUUCUGAAAAAAUUUCAAAAUUUCUCCGAAAAAAAUUGAAAAAUAAAGUCACGUAAAUUUUAUUUUUUGCGUGAUCGAGGCAUCAUGCCUCAAAAUGCUUCGAUUUUUCGAUUUUCAACAGAAAUUUCUGAAAAAAAACAAAAUUCAAAAAAACAAAUUGAAGUUUCCUAAUUUUUAAUUAUUUUAAGUAAAUUACUGUAGAUUCAAUUUUCCAGUUUCAUACUGUAGAUCCAAUUUCUCAAGUUAUACUGUAGAUUUAAUUUUUCAGAUUCUUACUGUAGAUUAAUUCUUCAAAUUCUUACUGUAGAUUCAAUUUUCCAGUUUCCUACUGUAGAUUACUGUAGAUUAUUUCUUGAAAUUUAGAAUGAAACUAAAAAAAAAUAAAUUUUCUGAAAAAAUUUCAAAAUUUCUCCGAAAAAAUUGAAAAAUAAAGUCACGUAAAUUUUAUUUUUUGCGUGAUCGAGGCAUCAUGCCUCAAAAUGCUUCGAUUUUUCGAUUUUCAACAGAAAUUUCUGAAAAAAAACAAAAAUUUUCCAAAAUACCGAAUGUAGAUUCGGAGUGUACAAUAAUUCCAUGAAAUAUUAAACAAUCAAAUUCCUUUUUUUGAAAAUAUCUUCCGACGUUUUUCUUUUUACAGGAAUUCUACCCGCCCUGGCUUAUUCGCAUUUCGGUGUUGGAUGAAAACGUUUUUUCUAUUCUUAAAAGCGUUAUGCGGAAAUUUUCGAAAAAUGGUGUAACAUUGGCUCGAAAAAUUCCGGGAAUUUACGAAACGAACCGCUCAAAACUUCUUGAAGUUUUACUGAAUUUUGACGCCAACCCAACAUCAAGAAUUACUGAUUUAGUGGAUGUAAGUAUUUUUCAAACUAAUGUUUUAAAGUUUUUUACAAUCACAUUGUAAUUUUUCAGGAGAUCAGAAAUUUGGAGGUAAACAACGCCACUGUUUUAUUGAGAAAAAAUACCCACGCCCUGUCGUUGAAAAAUUUUUGGAAAAUGCCAAUGAUCCACAGUUAACCAAAUUUUGCAGGUGAGGAAAACAUAAAAACGAUAGUAUUGUAAUUUUUCAGAAAUGUGAAAGGUGCAAAAACCUAUGACGGAAUAGUGGAAGAAUAUGAAUCAUUCAAAAAUUCAGGUUUUGGUAUUAGAUUCUGCGAUGACAUAGAGCCCUCAGAAGUUGGAUUUUUGAAUGGAAUGGAUUUGGUGAGAAAAUUAGAAGUUUACAAAUAACCCAUGCGAAAUUUUAUUUCAGGGUGGCUUAGAUGACUGGAUUUCAUACGAACAACAAUGUCAGAUUUUAUUUUUGGUGAACGAUGAGAGCGAAGUUUGUUCACUGAAAAAGUUUGUUUUGCUCAAAGAACCAGUAAUUAUCAACCAAACAAGUGAGUAGAAGAUGAAAAAUUAAUGCCCAGUCUCAAACCCACGUAUCUCUCCUAACGAAUACAUGUUUUCAGCAAUGAAACUUCUACCAAUUUCCAUUCGAGUUUAUGAGAAUGGAGAAAUCGUUGACGACGAAGAUCAAAUUACUGAAAUAAUUCUUCGAAAAUCGAAAAUUUCUACAGACCUUUUCGAAUUAAAAGAAUUUGUCGAAUUGAUCCCAAAGUUCGGAAGAACGUGUGUUAUAAACGAAUGUGGUGAGUAUCAAUUCCAAAAAUUGGAUUUUAAUACGUUAUUUUCAGAACUGGGAAUGAAUAUCUUGCGAAAAAUCGACAUAGGAGAGGCGCAUUCUUCCAACAAAAUUUUCAACAAACUUGGAAACUUCAUAAAAUAA